CAUUUCCCGAAAGAAGGUACGAGUGCAUAUUACAAUUAGCCUUCCCUGUCUGUCUGUCUGUCUGUCUGUCUGUCUGUGUCUCAGAUCUAGCUAGUUCAAUAAUGGCGAGUAGCAGCGGCAACGUCAUUGUGCCGAGCAGGAGUGUUCUUGAGGCUGUAGGAGACAAAAGGUACGAGAACUGGCGGGUGUGCCUGGAAAGCUACUUCCGGUCUCAACACCUGUGGGAGUUGCUCGUCAACGGGCUGCCGGAAUCUUCAUCGGAGAGCGCGGCGAGUCUCAACGCGGCGGCUCUGCACGCCAUUCAGAUCUCGUGCGGCUCCGACCUGCUGUACCAGAUUCGGGGCAUCACUUCCGCCAAGGAGGCAUGGGACACCCUUGCCCAUAUGGACCGGACCAACCGCCCCAAAGAAAGGAGGAUCCCCGAGGUGGACAUGAAGUUGGAGCACUGGAAACUGCACGAAGCGGUUCACAAAGGUCAGAUAGAAAGAAUCAGGAGCAAUGACUUUGAUCCGCAGUUGAUGAGCUACAAGUUCCCGCCGCGGCAUCGGACGCCGCUCCAUCUGGCUGCCAAACUGGGGAAUUGGGAAAUGGUGGAGGAGCUUCUGAAGAACAUGAACGGUGCGAACCUCGAGCUCCAGGAUGCUGGCGGCAACACAGUCUUGCAUUUCGCGGCAGCGAGUGGGCAGAAGCAGCUGGCGGAGCGCAUGGUGCAGAUGAACCCCAAGUUGUUGAGGAUGGUGAAUAAACGCCAGAUGACGCCUUUGAGAGAGGCCUGUGGCAAGAACCACAAGGAACUCGCCACUUGCCUUUACUCUCAAACUUCCAUUCAUUGGCUUUACAGGGUUGACGGUGGCAAGUUGGGCUCCAAUAUUCUUAAGUGUUGUAUCCUCGCCCAGAUGUUCGACAUUGCAGUGGAUAUGCUGAUGUGCUACCCAGACCUGGCGACGAUGAACGAUGCCAAAAACUCUAAUGCUGCUCUCCAGCUAUCUCUCAUGCCCCAUGCAUUCCCCAGCGGAACUCAACUUCACUUUUGGCAACGAUGGAUAUAUUCAUUGAUACAUGUAACGCUGCCACUUCCUCUGAAACCUUCCGAACACGCGGCUAAUCGUACAUCACUAGACGUUGAAAGUGGACAAAUGCCUCCUUAUUCACCUCAUGAAAAAGAUAGACUUACGGGUAGCCCUACUAAUAACGCGCCAUCCACCAAAACAAACAACCAUACAACCAUGAUAAAGAUAUCAGGACCAAAGACGCUGAAUGAGUUGAAAAGGGUCCAUAUUUGCUCAGCUGAGCUCUUAAGGCUUACAUGCCAGCACAUGUCCUCCAUCUCCCCUGACUCUGGGACACUUAGGAGCCAUGGGAUAUUUGAAGCGUUCGACAAAGCCAUCGAGAAUGGCAUAGUCGAAUUCGUCCAAGAGGCCAUUAGGGCUUGCCCUGCGCUGUUGCACAAGUUUGACAAGGACGGCAGAAGCGUGUUCAUGACCGCGGUCCAGUAUCGGCAGGAAAAGAUUUUCAACCUUCUCUAUCCUUUGCCAGAGAAGGCAUCCAUCGUCUCCUCGGUAGACAAGGACAGCAACACCAUGCUGCACAUGGCUGGAGUCUUGUCUCCUUCAACCAAGCUCUCUCGCAUCUCUGGUGCGGCUCUUCAGAUGCAAAGGGAGCUGCAAUGGUUUGAGGAAGUGGAGCGUGUGAUAAACCCAAGUUACAAGGAGAACACCAACAAGGAAGGCGAAACGGCAAGGCAAAUAUUUACAAGAACACACAGAGAUCUGGCCGCUGCAGGUGAAAAGUGGAUGAAAGAAACCGCCACUUCCAGCUCCGUCGUCGCAGCUCUCAUCAUCACCAUCAUGUUCACCGCCGCGUUCACACCUCCGGGAGGCAGCGACGACAAAACGGGCCUUCCCAAUUUUCUGAAGGACAGGUGGUUCCGAGUCUUCAUCCUGUCGGACUCCAUCUCCCUCUUUGCGGCCUCUACUUCCGUGCUGAUGUUCCUCGGAAUCUUCACGUCACGCUACUCGGAGCAGGACUUCCUCCGCUCCCUUCCCACCAAGCUCAUCAUCGGAUUGUCGGCACUCUUCGUUUCCAUCGCCGCCAUGAUGCUUACCUUUUGCGCCACCAUCGUAAUCGUCAUGGACCGAAACAUGGCCUUUGUGUUCCCGAUCACUUUGAUGGCUUCUUUUCCCGUUACCUUGUUCAUCAAGCUACAGUUUCCCGUGCUCCUUGAAAUUUUCAACUCCACUUACGGAUUUGGAAUCUUUCGAAGGAAUACCCCCACCUGGAUUUGAGUUUCAUUACCAACUCCUUGCUAUAUUAUACAUUUCUGCCAAAUUAUAUUUACUUAAUUUCUCGCUUGCUUGCUCUUAAUUUGAUUUGAGUUGUAUGUGCGUACAUUCAUCAGUUAAGAUCUAUAUAUAUGUGGUAAUACAUAUACUUUCCCUUCUCAUUCUUUUCAGUGAAAUGAAUUUGGUUCUGUUGUUAUCAUGUAUAAGAAAUAUGUAAAUGAUCG